AUGUUUUUAAAUAUUAGUUCAGCCAUACAAAUUAAGAAAGUGAAGAAAUAUAAAUGUGAAAAACGAACGUCAAAAGGAUUUGCAUUUACACCAGUGUUGGAGAAGGCUGAUUCGCCAACUGGUGUUCCACAAGUGAAUGAUGAUGGCACACAGAGUCAAGUAGGUCAGGAUGAAGGAAGGCCUACAAAGGAAAUACCUGAUAAAAACAGCAAGGUCCAAAAGCUACUGAAUUCUAAGGAUGACACUGAUAACUCACCUCAGUCAUCUCUAAGAGAUUUAAAGGAUUGCACAUCGCCUAACUCUAAUCAUAAGGACUCUACAUUGCUAAAUGAGCAACUUGGAAUGGAUUGUAAAGAUUCUGUUAGUCUAUUGAAAAUGAAGGAUACUAUUCUCUUAUGUGAAAGAUUAAUAAAACUAAAAACAAAUCACUGUGAACGACUUAUAAGAAAAAAUAAAGAAACAGAAAAUGAGGUUAGUCGACUACAACAGGAGCUAUCAGAAACAAAAGAAAUGAAAUCACAGUUAGAGCAUCAAAAGGUGGAAUGGCAACAAGAACUCUGCAGUUUGAGAUUCACUUUGAAAGACGAACAAGAGAGGAGAAGAAGCACUGAUGGCUUGUACGAAAUGAUUAGAGACAAAUUGAGAAGAAGAAAAGAGCAAUAUAAGAAACAACGUGAAGUGAAACAAGAACUUGAGCUGUCUAUGAGGACCCUAGAGACAGACUUGAAGACUGUGAAAAAUCAUUUGCAUCAGGUUACUAAUAGUCAUGGAAAAGAAGAAGAGCUAUUGCAUAAAAUCCACAUGUUGCAAGAUGAAAUUGACAUGCUAAAACUGGAAGUAAAUACAUUAAAAAACCAGAACCAAGAAAAAGAAAAAAAUAUAUUCGAGGACAUUUCAGUGGUAAAAGAAAAAAAUGAUGAUCUUCAAAAGGCAAUCAAAGAGAAUGAGAAAAUUCUAACAGAAACCGUAUCUCAAUAUUUAUCUCAGUCUGGUGGACUGCUUAAUGUUCUGACAAAUGAGAAUAUAAUGCUAACCUCUAAAUUGGAGAAUGAAAAACAAAACAAAGAAAGACUGGAAACUGAAGUUGAAUCAUACCUAUGUAGGCUGACUGCUGCUACAUGUGAUCAUGAUCAAAGUCAGGUACCAAAAAGAAACAUAGAAUUUUAUUUGCAGAGAGCAAGAGAUGAGUGCUUUCAUUUACAGGACAAAAUGAGUUUUGAUUUGUCUACCCUAAGAGAUAACAACACGACUCUAACCGAACAGCUGUCCAGCGCUGAAAGCAAUUUCAGUAGCCAUGAAACUGAGUUACAUCAUGCUAUAGAUGCUCUAAGAGAAAAGAUGUUGAUUUUAGAACCCUUUAAGAGAGACCUAAGCCAAACACAGGGUCAUGUGAAGGAAAUGUGUCAAUACUUACAAGAUAAAGUAAAUACACUCAAUGGAAAACUAGAGUCCCUAGAGAAAAGAUCAUCCCAACUAGAAAGUGAAAAUAUGUUGCUUCGACAACUACUGGAUGAUGCAUACAUCAAAGUUGACAUUAAAGAAAAGAUGGUAAUUGAUAUGCAAGGCCAAUUGCAUGAUAUUGUAAAAAAGCUUCAAGGUGAAAGUGAAAAACAAAGACUUAAGCUUGAAUAGAGAAAUAAGGAGUUAAUGAGUGAAUAUAAUCAUUUAAAAGGACAGAUGGAAAAGUAUGAAAAUGAGAAAGUAGAAAGAGAAGUAAGUAUGGAGAAAUAGAAGUGUUUUUCAAAGUUCCUG